AUGCCUGCCUGGGGAGCCCUGUUCUUGCUGUGGGCCGUGGUAGAAGCAACCAAGGACUGCCCCUCGUCAUGCACCUGCCAGCCCCUGGAGACCAUGGGUCUGUGGGUGGACUGCAUAGGCCAAGGGCUCACAGCGCUGCCCACCCUGCCUGCUCACACCCGCCACCUCCUACUGACCAACAACAGCCUGCAUGAGGUGCCCCCGGGUGCCUUCGACCACCUGCCCCAGCUGCAGACCCUUGAAGUAACACAGAACCCCUGGCACUGUGACUGCACCCUCACCUACCUGCGCCUCUGGCUAGAGGACCAUGCACCUGAGACCCUGCAAUAUGUUGUCUGUGCUAGCCCCAGCCUGGUUGCUGCCCGCCCACUGGGCCAACUGACUGGCUAUGAGCUGGGCAACUGCGGCUGGCAGCUGCAGACUCCUUGGGCCUCCCCUGGUACCUGGUGGGAUGUGGCACUUGUUGCUGUGGGUAUACUGGGCCUGGCACUCCUGGCUGGCCUGCUGUGUACUACCUCCAGGUUCCAGAACCAAGCCUGGUCCCGUAACCCCUAG